CUCCUCUUCUCUUCUCUUCUCUUCUCCUCCUCUCCCUCCUCCCUUUUCCCUCACUCUCACUCUCAUACUUUGGCUCGAUCAUACCUCCCCCAUCUCUCUCUCUCUCUCUCUCUCUCUCUCGCCUCAGCGGAAGAGAAGAUGACGGGAUGAGAGGAGAUGGAUUUUGCGCUGAGAUGCAGGGGGGAACGGCGAAAUUAGCGACGCGUCCUUAUUUACGAGUCACUCGAGUCCUCGGGAACGCGCCGACCGAGGAGUGUGAGAUGAAGAACCAUGAGUGAGCGCGGCGUUUGCUAAAGACAGUUUCACGAGCUGUGGUCUAGACGCUAUUGAAAAACACUGUGUGGACGCUUCUACGCAAGAAAAGACUGGCAAUAUCGGAGGCGUGAACUACACACAGAUGAUUUGAAUGGGGUGCCCAGACAACUGACAUAAACAACUGCAUAACCCGUCGCUGAAAACGCACAAAUUUCCCCAUGCUCAGAUCCUUCCAGAAGGCCAAAUGGAGCAGGAUGUGGAGAGCCCCGUCACAGUAAGACAGCCACGGCUGCCCAAGCAGGCACGAGACGACGUGCCCAAGCAGCUUCAGGACAGCGAUCGAGCCAAGCGCAAGAUCCAGCGUUAUGUGCGCAAGGAUGGCAAGUGCAACGUGCACCAUGGCAACGUCCGCGAGACCUAUCGCUACCUCACAGACAUCUUCACCACACUAGUGGACCUGAAGUGGCGGUUCAACCUCUUCAUUUUUGUGCUGGUCUACACAGUUACGUGGCUCUUCUUCGGCCUCAUGUGGUGGCUGAUUGCCUACGCGCGAGGGGACCUGGAGCACAUAGGCGACGAUACGUGGACACCGUGUGUCAACAACCUGGAGGGUUUCGUCUCGGCCUUCCUGUUCUCCAUUGAAACUGAGACAACUAUUGGUUAUGGGUACCGGGUGAUCACAGACAAGUGCCCAGAGGGCAUCGUGCUCCUGCUAGUGCAGUCGGUGCUGGGCUCCAUUGUGAAUGCCUUUAUGGUGGGCUGCAUGUUUGUGAAGAUCUCACAGCCUAAGAAGCGUGCAGAGACAUUGGUGUUCUCCACCAACGCUGUCAUCUCAAUGCGUGACGGGCGCCUCUGUCUGAUGUUCCGCGUCGGUGACCUGAGGAACUCACACAUCGUUGAGGCCUCUAUCCGAGCCAAGCUGAUCAAGUCCAAACAGACCAAGGAGGGGGAGUUUAUUCCCCUCAACCAAACAGACAUGAAUGUGGGCUAUGACACAGGCGAUGACCGCCUCUUCCUUGUGUCCCCACUCAUCAUCUGCCACGAGAUCAACCAGCAUAGCCCCUUCUGGGAGAUCUCCAAAGCCAACCUAGCUAAGGAGGAACUGGAGAUUGUUGUGAUUCUGGAAGGCAUGGUGGAGGCCACAGGAAUGACCUGCCAGGCACGCAGCUCGUACGUGGCCAGUGAGAUCAAGUGGGGCUACCGCUUCAUGCCCGUGCUCACGCUGGAGGAUGGUUUCUAUGAGGUCGACUACAACAGCUUCCAUGAGAUCUACGAGACUAACACACCGAGCUGCAGCGCGCGCGAGCUGGCCGAGAUGAGCGCACGUUCGCGCCUGCCACUCUCCUGGUCCGUGGCAAGCAAACUGAGCCAGCAAGGCCUGCUAGACUCACGUAAUGAUGAGGAGGAGCAGGAGAAGGAGAGCAGAGAGACACAAGAGCAGGAACGCAAUGGUGACAUUGCCAACAUGGAGAACGAGUCCAAAGUGUAAAGUGGAGCAAGCAGGGCAGAGCAGAGAGUUUGCUUACUCUCUCUCCAUUACACAAAAACACAUACAUUCUCAGACAUUUAUCAGACAUCCUCAGCAGAGGUGGGCGAUAUGACAAAAAUAUAGCACAAUGCAUGAAGACAUUUGUACGAUACACAAUAUGUAACACAGUAUAUAGGCUUGCUAACAAACUGCCAGUAAAACAGUAGUGUUGCAUUUAAAACCAUGUGAAAAAAAAUAUUUAACACUGAAAAGAAGGGAAAAUUUAAAAAAAAAUCCUUAGAAAAUAUUAACAUUUUACAACAUUUAAAAAACAGAACAAAUGUCUUACAUCUAAUCAUCUGCUUCCAAGUUUGUAAUUGUUAUAAAAUCACUGACAAUAUCCGCAAUAUCUCAGACAAGUGUAUUGUGACAAUUUGUCAUGCUGAUAUUAUAUCGUCAUAUUGCCCAGACUUUAUCCUCAGUCUCUCUCUCUCUCUCUAAGGGCCCUGACACACCAAGCCGACUGACAGCCAACUAAACGACUGAGGUUUUGUGGUGUUUCGGCCCUUGUUAGCACAGAUCAGUGCCAAUUUAACAUGUUGCAUUGGCAUCAGAGGCCAGAGGUCAAAAGAGUUCUCUAACUCACAAGCAGAGAAUUAUAAUCUCAAGUCAUAAUUUCUUAUUUGUUGUUGCUAGUUAUAUUUAAAUUACAGACAGACAAUAUAAACAUUUAUGAAAAUAUAUACUGGUAGUUGUUGUACUCUUCGUACAGUAGUAUGCAAUUUGGCAUGAAAUACUUAGUGUUCGAGUUUUCGCUUUUUAAUACUAAUACAUGAUACUGCCGCUAUCUCAAAGGCCGCGAGGCGAUCUUCAAUCACUCUUGGUUGGUGCUAGUAUUUGAAAGUCAGAUUGGUGUGUCACUAUGGAGAAGAUUCCGUGCCAGAUAGAAAGCAAUCGCAUUGGGGAGGAAAUGUGAAAUCUAAUACGCAGGUGGUAUUGCUUUACAUUUGUGCCAUGAGUGCCAUGUGCCACACUAACAUGCAAAACCUUUAUUACAGUGCUCUUACAUAGCUUUACCUCUUCAGUGAAAAACAAUCGCCAGGGGAUUUCUUUAUUAAGAAUUAAAUGAAUGUAAUUCCUUGUUAUAUAUCCUUGCGUUUUACUUUCAUCAGUGCAUUGCAGUCAUGCCACACUGAAAUGCAAACACUGUCCAAUCACAGCGUGAAACUGCAUUCGGGGGUGUGGUUAGCCUGUAAGCAUCAAUUCCCAGGGGGUGUUUGCGUCCAUAUAAUGCCCUUUAUAGUUUCUCACAGGCUCAUUGUUUCUUUAGUCCUACUGCAUUAAACCCUUAAUCAUCAAUAUUUUCAUAAUUAUUACUUAAUAUGUGAUAAAACUAUUAAUAUUGCUAAAAAGCAAUAUUAGACUUACUUAGACUUCGACUUCUUAGACUUACUUUUAGCGUGGAGUAGGGUGAACAUUUACCAAUGAAAUCUGUGCUGUGUUUGAGAACAGCAACAUGCUGAUGUUCUCUAAUUGGUUUAUAUUACCAAGUAUAUGUGUAUAGGUAUAUUUUUUUGUGUUGUGCAUUUAACACACAUGUAUAUUCUUCCAAAGUGUAUUUUGCAGCCGAUCACAUUGUGCAAACCCAUAAAAGCAAGUGCAUGCAGUAUGCAGGAAUGAUGCUGUCCUAAAGCAGGCAAGAAUUUCAUUGAUAAAUCUUGAUCCUAUACCUAGCUCAUAGUAUCUUGAAUGUGAAGAACAUACUUAACUGAAAUAUCCAGUAGGUGGUGAUAUUACUCUGUUACUUACUAAACCUGGAAUAAGAAUGAAUAAGGAGAGAAGAGCAGAACAGCCAUGCUUAGUUAAGCAGGACAUGUGUGACAGCUUCUGUUUUAUGUAUUUAUUAAUGAAUCCACAUUAAAAUCAUUAACAAAUGCUUCCUUUUUGAUGUCUGAAGGUACAACAUUGCUGAAAGUAAGUCUAAAAAAUUUGAUAACUCCUAGGUCCUGUUGUGAGCUGUAAGUAUUUUAGUCAUAUUAACAAUUUUAUCAUGUAUUAGUAAUAAUUCUGAAAAGCUUAAUGAACAAUCAGUUGAGUAGGAAUGAAGAAACAAAGAGCCUAUAAAGGGUGUUCCUUCAUAGGAACAGCAACACGUCCUGGAAAAUUAUGCUCUUAGGCCAUUCUCUCCUCCUCUAAUUAUAAGCACACCUCCGAGUAUAGCUUAGGGCUGUGAUUGGCUAGUGGCUGUAUUUCAGCGUGGCACUACUGCAAUCCAGUGUUGAAAGUGAAAUGCAAUGCAGCUUUUGGAAUUACUUUCACUUAUUAUGCGAAGUCUGCAUUAAAUUCUUAUAAGCAAUGUUUCUCGCUAAAGAGAUAAAGCGAUGUAAGAGGGUUUUUUGUUUUUCAGUGUGGUAAGCUGUCCUCAUGCCAUACCGCCUGUGUACUGCGUUUCCUGUUUUCUCCCUGGUUGCUUUUCUAUCUGGCAAGGAUUCUUUUCCAUAUGUAACGGCCCUAGCACACAUUUUCUCACAGUCACUCUCACACACUUCUGCACACAGGCUGGACCUCUAACACCAAAUCCCCUCAUUUAAGAUAUUAAACAAUCUCUCUGCCUUCCUGUCUCUCUCUGCUUUGCGUAGCUGGACACCAGUCUGAGAUCAGCUCAGGAAAGAGCCCUAAAAGUCGGGCAGAGCACACAGCCUCCUGCAACCCCCUCUAUCACUUUUCCUCUUCCUUGCUCUCCAUGUCUCUCAUGCCCCAAAGAGACUAAAGUUGGACAAACUCAGAGGCUUGGGCAAACUGCAUGGUUUCAAAUAAUACAUUUUUUCUUUAAAAUAAAAAAAAUGACAUUAUUUUCAGAUUUUUAAUUGAAAGAUUAAAAGUUAUAUAUGUAUAUGAAUACAUAGAUAUAUUCUAGGGCAUUUACAUUUGUAUUUUUUGUACAUAUAUUUCAAUAAUUGUUUUGUUUGAGAUGAGUGAACAUUUGACAGGUGGCUGUUUGAUACUAUGUUGAUUUGGACCAGGUGUGUAUAUUCUGCCUUUUGGAAGAAGAUUUCUUUACCUUCUGGGUUUUCAGAAACAUAUAUGUAUAUAUCUACGCAUGUACAAACCUUAACUGUAGUUGAUUUACUCUGUAUGAUGUAUAUAAACGAUGGUAGGUAGUAGUAGGUGAGGCGCAAAUGAUCUUUCACUGGAUGCAAAAGCUUUAGCCUGGAGUGUGCGAGUGAUUUCCGAUGGAAGAUGUGUUUGGCUCUGACUGUGCAUGUCUGCUCUGAUAUCCCACUAAACCUCAAUGUUCACCUUCAGCCCCCUUUAGACUUCCGUUACUUUCUAUAGACUCUUAGUACUUCACACCUUUAAACAGAAGGCGUGUGCAUGUGUGUGUGUGUGUGUGUGUGUGUGUGUGUGUGCCUCAGGUAGCCUCAGGUGCUGUGUGAGUGUGUAGCUCCCAGAUGACUCAUGGUGUGCUGUUUGCACAUGUUCUCCCUGAAGACUGAGAAACAUUUCCUAUUUUAAUUGUCAUUUGUUCAUCUGGCAGUCAUAAAUGAAAACAUUUUUCCCCUUAAGGCCCCUCAGGUAAACUUUAUCGUUCUUUGAUAGACACUCAAACAGAGAGUAUGUAUACGCUAUACACUUCCAAUGUGUAAUAUUUCAGUAUUCCUUCACAAAACAGUAUAGUAUGCUGUACAUUUUGGGGAUUUGGGCUUUUACCUCAAGCACUGACAUCUCUGAGACCUUCUUUUUUCAUUAAACCUAGAUUUUUCCUGAACAUGAGCAACCAAAGAGACCAAGCCCUGUAUCGCUAAAGCAAUCUGAGAAUGAAAUGGAAGCCGUUUUUCUUUUUAACUGGAUGUUUUAAGGGUAAAGCUGAAAUUUGUUACAUCUGAAGGGCUUUACAUUUUUCUCAUUAAAAAAAAAAAAGUAAAUCAUGUUUAGCAACAACUGAACACACAAGACAGCCAUCACUCCUCCAGGACCUUAUUACUGAUUUCCAGCUUCUUCAAGAAAAUGGAUCGAUUUUGUUGAUUAUUAAUCUUUCAAAAGGUGCAUUUCAAACUGGUGGCAUAAAGAAGUGUAUUUUCAAAAUUUGUGGAGUAAUAUCAAAUAUAAACCUGCAGCUUGGAAUAUAUACAGUAUAAUAGCAUGCCAAGUACACAAAGUGUGACAGAGAAAGCAUUUUGACCUGUUUUAAGAGUAAAGUUGUAAGGCGGUUAGUAAGUUUAGAAUCAGAAAGGCAAUGUACACCAUUCUCAAUGUACAUUAUAUUUGCUGAAGUGCCCUUUAAUCGUGCUCCUCGACGGACUGAGGGACCCCUCUCCUUUUAAGCAAGCCAUCCAGAGAGCAAGACAACCUCCCACACAUACACACACACACACACACACACACACACACUCACGCACACAGGUUUUAUAUCCCGGCUCCUCUGCUCAUCUUCACAGGCACGUUGACUCCUCUGUAACUCGAUUUUCUAGGGAGAAGUACUGUCAGGAACACUGGACAUAUUUUACUUUAGUUACUCCUUUUGUUUCCUUUAGAUAUUGAUUUUUAAACUCUUAACUAAGAAGCCAUAAUAUGGUACAAUAGUCAUCUUUAGUGUUUCUAGAGGUAUUUCAUCAUGAUUUUGUUGUUGUUGAUUUCUAUAAAUACUCAUGAAAUAAACCAUAUCUCAAUA